AAAUCAACUCAGGGAAUGGGGCCCCCAGCUCCCAUUGGGGGCGGCGACCCUGGUGUCACCCCUUAGACAAAGUCCCAGUCUCCCAGAGGCUUUUACCAGCUGGCCCCAUUUCUGCUGCUGCUGGGUAUAAUAAGCCAUCUCCACCUGGGCCAGGAUCCUCUCAAUGCUGAAGUGCCUGUGAGAAACAGUCCAGAGGAAUCCUCACUGGUCCUAUGGCUUUGUCUUCCUCUCUGCCCCACCAGAUAAUUGCUGCUGUCCCUCAGCUCCCAAGAGGCAGCUGUGAUUCUCCAUCCCUGUACAUCCCUCAUCAAUGGCUGACUGCAAAGACUUGAGAAGUCAAGCUGAGUCCCAUGCUCCUGCCUGAACACCCAGAGAGCCUGGUGCUGGAGGGCUGGCCUGCCACCAGCACCUGCACCCACACCAGGCUGAAGCCACCCUCUGCACACAGAAGGUGGCCUUGAUUUCUCAGGCACAGCUGACCUCAGAGAUACUGGGCCUGACUCUGCCAGGUUUCUCAUCCCUGGUUUUGUUGCCCAGUCCCUUCUGGAUUCAAGGCGAUGUUGCCUCGAAACAAGGACCAGGUGCUGCCACAGAACUCAGUGCUCCCUAGGCGCUCCCCUUGGGGCCUCUCACAACUUGUGGACUCCUCUCCUCACAACCUACAGCCUCUCUCUCCCCAUCAGUCCCUCCCUUCCUCUCACCCACCAUUCUCUUCCACUCAGUUCCAUCCCCCAUCCUCACCUCCACCAGCAUCCCCUUCUCCUGGCUCAUUCGGCUCUUUUGCCUCAAAUUCUGACUUAGCUCCACAUCCCUAUUCUCUCUUUCUCCCAAGUUCCCCUACUCUCUUUCACCAGAAUCACCUCUCUCUCUCCUGUCCACAUUCAUCUUCUCCCUUGAACCACUGGCUAUACCCUUCUCCUCCUCAGAGCCCCUCCUUCUCUCCCUCCCAGCUCCAGAACUCCUCCCUUCCCCACUUACGGUGCCAGUCUCCUUCCCAGCCCGAAAACCUGCCUAACUCCACACUCACUUCCCUAAGCCCCAGCCUACCUUCUCAUAGGCUCCACUCUAACCGGCAGACAUGGCACUGGCAUCAGUCCAGGGACACCGGCUCCGGGUCCGCUGGGGUGGUGGAGAGAUGCGUGCCAAUCGAGAAGGAUCCUGCACACUUCAGGGACCCAGGGGCCCUGGCCCAGGCCCUGGUGGUUCAUCUGGGGCACCACCGCAUAGCACACGACCUGCGGCUACUGCUUUUGCAGCGCCUGUGGCUAGGCAGAGCUGGCCAGGCCCCAGUCGUGGAGUAUCCUGUGUGCCUGGUGUGUCUCCGGCCCUGCACCCCCUCCUGCCCCAUGCCCAAGUACAAGACUGGACCCCGGCUGCUUGCCUUCCCUCAACUACAGCCCUGUGUGCAGGGCCAGGAAUCUGGGCCACUCCGAAUAGGCAUCGGCUUUGGCCUCCGCCUACCUCGAGGCCAGGCCAGGGCCUUGCAUCUGCUGCCAGAAAAAAGGUUGAAGGAAGUAGGGCCUCAGGGCGAGGCUACUCAGGCCUGUGGGCAUCCAUCCGGAGCAUCUCAGCCUCCAGCAGCUCAGGCCUGGGCAGACCCAGCCCCAGGCACAGACCCCCAGACCAGGAGCUUCAGGUCUGCAGGCCCUCAACCACCGAACUCCCCACCAUGUUUCUCCGGGCCUGUACCUCGGACACCAAAACAGGCCACUACCUCCCCGAAGCCCAGGCCUGCCCCUGCUCCAAAGAGGUCAAUUUCUCCGGAACUCAUUCUCCAAAAGUCACAAGUCUAGUUCCAGAGCCAUGGAGGCUCCCUGGAGCACCCCCUCCAAAUGCCACUCUCCCAACCAGGCCCCAGAUCUCAGGGAGUCCCCGAGACACCCUGAAGGGCUGGCUGGCUGGAGGUCAGGUGUGUUCUCCUGCCCUGAACCCUGGGAGCCCCUUGUGGAGUCUCCUCUCUCCUGACUGAAGAGGACCAAGGGCACCAAGGCCCCAUUCAGCCUUCUGUGUAUCUAAUAAAGUCUGGCCCUGUGA